AAUAAAAAAAGCUUUGUUAGUCGAUUCUCAAUUAAUGUCUAAACUAAUUUGGUUAAAUGCCUAAGAAAAAGGGUCAAAAUAAAAAAGGGAUCAAUCAAGCAUUUUCAGAUUUUACAUUAAAUGAUUGUGCCAAUGCUCCCAAACCUGUUACGAGAGUAAAGAAAACUGUAACAACAGAAACAGCCAUAUCAGAACUGUCCUGGGACCAAAUUGACCAAGAUGAUCUGGAUGUAAUAGAAGAAACAGAUGCAGACGGUGCCAAAAGUUUAGUUUUUAAAAAGAGACGUAAUCAUUCCAGGUCUGAGACUGAAGAUGUUGCAAACCGUCCCGGCCAUGUAUACCCUGAAAUUAUAUGGUACUUAAUAUCAUGGUACAUAAAACCUGAGGAUGUUGGUAGUUUUGCUAGAAUAAAUAAAGCAACAUAUGCAAUUACCAAACGAGAAUCAUUCUGGCGUAGUUUUUAUAAACGUUACUGUAGGUAUCAUCUCAAUUUACCUGAACGGCUUUGUUUAGAGAACAAUAAUAAGUUAUAUGGUCUCCGUCAGAGAGUGAUAAGAGCACUCUACUAUACAUAUAAUGUUUUUAUAAUGAGAGUCAUACAGCAAGCGGUACAUGACAGUCAGCCGCACACGCUUGUUAAAAGACGCUGUAUAAAUGUAUGGUACUGCAAAGGUUCGACACACUGGUCGGUUUAUUUUAAGUUUAAAAAGAUGCAACCCAAGCAAAGGGUAGAAAUUAAUAAAGCAAUAGAUUUUAUUGAAGAGUUGAGCAGAAUUGACGCCAACCCUGAUGAGGAUACACAAGUAUUACAGGUGAUCUGCCAAAACUUUUAUCAAAUACCCCCACUUAUGGGUAUGACAUUGUCUUCAGUUAAAGUUGUUUUAUCACAAGGGUUCCGGCAUCGCAGGCUACAUCUGGGAUUCAACUCUGGUUACCAUAAUGUGUCUAAAGACAUCUUGCCGGAAGUUUCUGUGGUGUUGGACACAGUAAUUAAUAUAUACGUAUUUGAUUGGUGGCAUCCGAAGUAUCCAUUUUUUGAUAAUCAACUGCCACAAAAUCUUAUGGACGAUAAGUCUGUGCCAGUGCUCAAGAAAGAUUUCUUUUCAUUAUAGCAUAAUGAAGUGUAAUGUGUAAAUAUUGUAAGAAU